AUGGAAGGUAAAACGGAAGAAAAGCCAGGUGCUGAAAAAACUAUAUUUGAUGCUAUAGCUCAAAAUGAUUUAGUAGAAUUCAAGAAUAUUUUGGCUCAACACAAAGGAACCGUCGAUUUCUUUGACGAAAAUGGUAUGACUGCUUUGCAACACGCCGCUUAUAAGGGCAACAAGGAUAUGGUUCAAUUGUUACUCGACAGGGGAGCCGAUGUUAAUUCUGGAAAGCAUGAGUACAACUACACGGCUCUGCACUUUGGCGCCCUGUCUGGUAGCUCAGAGGUUUGCAAGCUGCUCCUGGACGCGGGCGCGAAGUCAACUGCUACUAACUCUGUUGGGCGUACUGCCUCGCAGAUGGCUGCGUUUGUUGGUAACCACCACACUGUCGCGACCAUCAACAACUACGUGCCGCGCACCGAAGUUGCAUACUUUACUGCUUUACAAGGACAGCAAACAGAACCUUACCUACCUGCCUCCUUAGUUGACCCUCUUCAUAAGUUUGUGCUUGGUGUAAACAUCCACCCAGUGCGACUGGCACUCAAUCUACAACACAUACCUACCUUAUUAGACAAUGCUGACAAAGUUAUUAAAACACUGGAGCUUUUGUGCAAGAAAGAGAUGACAAGAGGAGGUGAUACUAACGAAGUGAUGGCAUUUAAAUAUCAUUACUUGGCCUAUGUACUUAGAGAAAUUCAUAAUAUUAGGGAUAAGAAGCCAAAUGCUGACAAGGAGGAGAAGAAACACGAUGUUGUUGAAGUGUUCUCUAAGAAACUGUUGAAGCCUGGCAAGGAUGGUGUUUCCUUGGACCUAAUGGACACAUUCUUAAAAGAUUGUGUGCGAGAGUUUCCUUUUAGAGAAUGUACAACUUUCCACCAGAUGGUGAGUUCCCUGACUAGUAAAGACCCUCCACCCGCUCUGUCUGUGAUCAAUUGCACUAUCAAUGGUCAGAGAGGGUUUGUGGACGCCAUCCCGUACUGUAGCACUUGUGGUGAGGAAAAGCCAGCCAAGAAGUGUUCCAAGUGCAAAUCUGUGCAGUAUUGUGACAGGGAGUGCCAGCGCUUGCACUGGUUUGUGCAUAAGAAGGCCUGUAACAGAGAGUCCAGUGCUCCCGCACCCACCAACAAUGCUAAAGUCAACAUUGAUGCUAACGAGUUGAGUUCCGAGCUUCAAAACUUAGUAGCAGGAUAG